AUGAGCAGCGCUACUCCGGCUAGGAAGCCGUACAGGAAGGCUCCACCCCAACAUCGCGAGACACGUCAUGCCCCAUCCAGCACGCCACCACCGCCGCCUCAGCCAGACGUUGGCCAGGUAAACAAAUGCACAUCUGCACACCACCCAAAGACCCCUGUUCUUAAAGUCUGUCCCCCCACCGGCUUCCUGCGUGCAACGCAAGCCUCGCCGCCGUCAUUGUCUGACAGCGAGCUGGAAGUCUCCAGCCUGUCCAGCCUUGACUUCCAAAUCCCGCCCCCACCUCUCUUCAGCGGUCCCCUUCCCCCUGCUAACCGGACCAGGACUACACCGAUCCAAGUGUCUGAACAUCUUCAUAGACCAGCUGCUCAAAGGGAUGAUAAAAGUUCUGACUCCAAAAGAAGCCGCUCCCUGACCCGGCAGCACCGGAGGGAGGCCCACAGCCGGAACGCCCCCACCGUUCACUGUGCGGCCCCCAAGAGUAUCCUGAAGCAGCCUGCUGGACUGGGCGUGGCUUCUUCCUAUAACAACAUCAGGAAGACAAAGUCAGUAGAGUUGCUUGACGGUGCUGACCCUCGCUCUUUGGCAAAGGCGGGGCCGCUGCAGCUGGCCUCGCCAAACUCUUCGGCGCCACCCUCCCCCUGCAGAACCAAUUGGAACUGGAGGAUGCAGGUUCUGGAGGACAAAGUCCGCUUCUCCCACUUCCUAGAUGAGAUCACCCAUCGGGUGCUUAGUCCCGCCCGUCUCUCGCUACUUGGCAAGUCAGCAGCCCGACGAAGCACCCCCCCCUCCCUGGACAGACUGGGCCUUGCUAUGAAGAGCCAGCAGGGGGAGUCUGCACACCGCAGCCACCGCUGGGACCACUGGGUGGCGUCAUUACAACGGUCCGACAGGUGGAGCCAGUCUAUUCCGGAGGAGUGGGCAGGGAGUGAUGUAAUCAUUAAGGAGGCGGGGCAUCAACAAAAAGUGAAGAAGGGGGCAAAAAUAGUGACUCAAGCAACAGAGGAUCAGAAACACAAGCGACCUUUGUCCAGCCACUCAUUGCUCACUCACAUCAAGGAGGUUCUGUCCGAUGCUGACCGGAUCAGAAUCCUCCAGCAGCAGAAUGAAGACCUGCGGCGCCGCCUCUCUCUCUCCACCCAGAAAAUGGAGGCCAUGGAGGCGGAGUUUGACAGCAGUCGUCACUAUAUGGAGGCGGAGCUUAGCCGGACCAGGGAUGACUUGGAUAAGAUGAGGGACAAGUUUCGCAGACUCCAGAACAGCUACACGGCAUCACAGAGGGCUAAUCAGGACCUGGAGGAGAAGCUCCACGCUCUGGCUGCUGUCAGUCAGACAUGGGUUCAUGCACUACGGAAGGUGGAGAGGGACAAAAAAACAAUGGACCAGGAGAUCGUGGAGCUUACUAACAAGCUGCUGGACGCCAAGAACACCAUUGACAGACUGGAGGAGCUCAAUGAACGAUACAGGCAGGACUGCAACCUGGCGGUUCAGCUGCUCAAAUGCAACAAGUCGCAUUUCAGGAACCACAAGUUUGCUGACCUGCCCUCUGAGCUUCAAGACAUGCUGAACAAACACAUGAAGAGCAGCCUCCCAGAGCCAGGCUCCGCCCCUGGCAACCAGGACCCAGACACGCUGAGUCUGACGCCCGCAGAUGUAGUCCCUACCUCUGUCAUUGCCCGGGUCCUUGAGAAGCCCGAGCCGUUAGUUUUGAACUCUGCUCAGUCCAGCAGCUGUGGCCGGCCCGUCGCUGAGGACGUGUUCGUCCACGUGGACAUGACGUGCACAGAGGGCGGCGCUGGCCCAGAGGUGCUGCAGCAGAACGGGUCUUGUCUGAGCAACCUCGAUGAGGAAGUGGGCGGAGUGCCGUCCUUUGAGAAGCUUAACCCAUACCCGGCGCCGCUGCCCCCCCACCCGCUGUAUCCAGGCCGCAAGGUGAUUGAGUUCUCGUCCGACGACAAAGUCAAGAUCCCCAAAAACUCGCCGCUGCCAAACUGCACCUACGCUACCAGGCAGGCCAUCUCCCUGAGCCUGGUGCAGAAUGACGACGAGCGGCAGAUGCCAGGUAGUCCCGCCCAGUCUUGUAGUGGGGGGGUUGGAGCUGCGCAGCGCACCCCGCCAUCGCACCAUGACGCCGCCAGUGAACCUCUGUCCAGCCAGUCCAGUCCCUUCAGCAGCCCGCCUCAGGCCCCCAGUGUUCUGGCGAGCUCGGGCAGCUCGGAGGAGGACUUGCUGGCCAGCUGGCAGCGGAUGUUUGUGGAGAAGAUGGCUCCACCUUCUGAUGGUUCACUGCUGCACCGCACCGCCUUCAGCUCCCAGACGGCUCAGGAGCUACAGAAGAGGAGGCAGGUAGUCGGGGGCGGGGCUUCUGCCACGUCUGACCGCCACAGGGCAGCGUACUCAGACGGUGAGGAGGGUUCAUCCGCGCGGAGCUGGACGCCGAGUCGCGGCUCCAGCCUGGACACGGACACAGACACUGAGCCGCGUUCUGGAAGGAGGGGGGGGCUUCGGCUCAAGUGAGGAAGGUGAGAGGUUGCUGAUGGACCUGGAUGACGAUGGCGGUAGCGGCGACACGGCGGUUACCGUGGCCAUUAGCCCAGAAGAAAAGGAGGGGGAGAGCUCGACCGAGGAGCGGGACAUCCUCCCCCACGACUUGCCUGUCAUGUCGCCACGCCUAAUGGAAAUUGACCCCACCCUCAGCACUCCCCAGCGACCACAGAGAAGUCCUAAGAGGAUGGGGGUGCACCACCUGCACCGCAAAGACAGCCUGACCCGAGCCCAGGAGCAAGGCACACUGCUGGACUGAUGGUCAGUGUCAAUGGCAACCAGACAAGCGGCCACACCCACACAGGAUAUAGCCAUACUCUCAAAGUACGCUGCCCUGCUCACGGGUCUGUGUGUGAGUCCCAAGAAAAGACUCCAGACUAAAACUAGAUUACACCCUCACGUGCACACUCAUGCACUCUCACACACUUGCACACUGUCAGUGCCUCCUAACAUCCUAUCUAAAGUUGAAAGUAACGGAUCUGUAUAACAGACUUAAUUUGACGUUUCUCGAAGCGCUGGUUUACAGUCGCUCUUCCACCUGAUUGUUUCUCGUGUUUGACCUUUGACCUUGUUCUUAUGGUGACACAGAGGGGGGGCUUCUCCACAACUUUCACCUGGAAUGUAAUUAUGAGUGGGUCUGUUUUUACCUGCAGUGUUUUGGUUGUUUUCAUUUCGGGACGAACAGCAGAACUGCUGCCCUCUAGUGGAUCGGUGAAGUAGCUCAGGUUGUGGCUCCUGCUGUCACUGAUUUGACCCCGCCUCUGGGCUGGUGGAGGCUCAAGUAUUGAUCUGUUUAGACUUGAUUAUAAGUUUUGAUAAUCACUGAAUGUUGGUUCUGAAAACCACCUCAAAAUCCUGAAUGUUUUAACUAUGUCACAGAAUAAUAGACCACUCGAGGUUUAAUGACUUACUAAAGAACCUGUUAGAUCUGUUAGGGGAACUUGGGCUCAACCUCUAGAGUCUGUUUUUUUGCUGUGCUCCUGAAAGUAGACCAGCAUCAGAGAUGAUCGUCUUCACUUACAGAUACUGGCCCGAAUGUACGCCCUACCCACUAAAGCUGCUUGCUCUGACGUCCCACACACACUUAAACACAACACCAUCAACAUCCGUCGGGAGUGUCCAGCUCCAGGCCAUGCUGGCCACUGUUCUGCUUCUUCUUCUCUUCUUUAGAACAGGGAUGUCUGGAACUUGAGCAAAAUGGGGUCCACCAGUCCUGGAAUCGAACACUCCCUGAUCAUAGUGUGUCCACUUGAAGUAACACUAUGUCCUGGCAUGCAUUACAGGUCCUGGGGGUGUUCUUUGUGAGCUUGAGGUUUGGGGCUUGCAACGUCUGUUGGUGUGUCUGGUUGUGAGGAAAUCACAUGGUGCCAACCAGGCAUGGCUGACGUUGCAAACAAUAUAGGGUCUUACCACAGUGGUGCAAACGCUCCAACACAGCUCCCAGGAUGCAUGAGGGCUCACCUUAGCAAACUCAUUGGUUGCUGGUUCAGUGGCCACGCCCCCUACUCUGUGGAGGCGGAUCUCUCACCUAGGCAUGGGUGCUUUAAGAGAGGAACUGUUUUUGUUUCACUUCCUGUUGGGGAGAAAUCUCUGACUGUUAGAGCUCUGACUUUAUUUUCACAGUUUGUAAACAAUGUAUAUUUUGAAGCAAAUAAACAUAUUUUAAAACUAAA